AUGUCGACUGUAGAUACAGAUCCAGUUCUUCAUCCUGAUGAGCAGGAUACCGCUUCAUCAACAACGAGCAUCUCAAGUUCCAUCUUGAACUAUCGGCAUGAGAACGGUAGAACUUACCAUCGCUACAAAGACGGAAAAUAUCAUCUUCCAAAUGACCAGGUCGAAAAUGAGCGUCUCGACCUCCAACAUAACCUUUUCCUCCUAACAUUUGGAGAUAAACUAGGUCUUGCUCCACCCAAUGACCCCGGUGCAAAGGUUGGACGCGUACUCGACGUGGGAACGGGAACCGGAAUAUGGGCCAUUGACUACGCUGAUGAGCACCCAGAAGCUGAGGUAGUCCUCUUUCCGGCCAAUCCUACUAGAGCCUCUACUAACUGCAUAGGUCAUAUUUCUUCCGCUAACAUCUCCAGUGUCCCGCCAAACCUUCGUUUUAUUAUUGAUGAUAUUGACGAAGACUGGGAAUAUGGUCAGCCAUUUGACUAUAUCCAUAGCAGAAUGAUGGUCUUUAGUAUUAAGAAUUGGGAGGACUACAUCCGCAAGAUCUUCAAGCAUCCUGGUGGCUAUGUUGAGUUUCAAGAGACUGGAGGUAUAAUUCUCUCCGACGACGGGACUCUUACCCCGGAUCACGCCCUCUCCAAAUGGUGUAACCUCCUCGGGGAGGCCUUUACUAAGCUCGGGAGUACGUCUAUCGAGUUCGACAAGAUCAAAGCUAUUAUGCAAGAAGUCGGUUUUGUCGAUGUCGUCGACAAAAGAUUCAAGUGGCCUACCAAUCCGUGGCCUCGAGAUAAGAAGUAUAAAGAAUUGGGAACGUGGAAUCAUUAUAAUUCUUCGAACGCUUUGGAGUCGUUGACCAUGGCAUCAUUUUCGAGGGCUCACGGAUGGUCGCGGGAUGAGGUCAUUAUGUUCCUUGUUGAUGUGAGGAAGGAUCUGAAUAAUCCCAGUGUUCAUGCUUAUAAUCCAAUAUGUUCCAUCUAUGGAAAGAAACCUGAUUUUUAA